UCUACUAAAGUAAAACAACUACCAAACAACAAACAAAACAAAAUGUUCAAAUAUUUCGCUCUCGUUUUCGUCGCCCUCUUCGCCUUCGCUGCUGCUGAGCCCAAACCAGCUGUCGUCGCUGCGCCCUUCGCAUACUCAGCCCCAUUGGUUGCUUCACCCUACGCUGCCGCCUAUGCUGCUCCCUACGCCGCUUACGCCGCUUCUCCCUACGCCGCCUACGCUUCACCCUAUGCUGCCUACUCCGCUUACCCAUACAGCGCCGCCUAUGUGCUCCGCAAGUAGAUGGAAUAUAGCAGCAAAUCUGUGAUAGUAAUUGGAACUGAUUGGA